CACGCAAUGCGUGACGCGAUGUCUUCGGAUCAAACUCCCGAUGCUACCCCUCACCAUCGAAGCAAGUAAACUCAAGAGCGUAAAUAUUCGCACUCCAUCCGUCAAAAUGUCGAAUAAAUCAAGCCCACGGCCUAUUCUGGAUCACAUCGUCAUCUUAGUCUCGUACGACGAGCUCUUUGAAUUGCCCAAGCGUCUCCAUGACGCCCUCACCAUCAUCCAUGGCGGCGAGCACGCCGACGGAUUGACGGUCAACAAGCUGGUCAUCUUCCCCGACGGCACAUAUCUCGAGUUGAUUGCCUUCAACAAGGGCGCUGAUCCAGCCCGGCGGCGCAGUCACCGCUGGGGAAGCCUCAAAGAGGGGCGCAUCAUCGAUUGGGCAUACACUCUACCAGACGAGGCCGACUUCAGCCAGGUCCAGCAACGGGUCCGAGAGGGCGGCGCGGGAGUCACCUACAUCGAUCCUGUCGCGGGAGGACGGGUUCGGCCAGACCAGACCGUUUUGAAAUGGGCCGUAGCAUCGGCUCAGGACGCAGCGGGGAACCCUGUCUGGCCAGGCGAUGCCCCGUUUUGGUGUCUCGAUCGAACUCCACGACACUUGCGGGUGCCGUACCAAGAGGGCACCGAACGGCUGGAGCAUACAAAGCACGCCUCGAAAGCUCAGGGCGUCUCCAAAGUCACGGUUUUCUUGUCUGAGGAGGAUUCUUCCACGUUGAAGCCAGUCUACGACGCCAUUCAUACCGUCGGUCAAGAGACGGGGAGCGCCGAGGAUGGGUGGUCAUUUGACGUGCAUUCUGGUGCGACUCAGGGCACCCACCGGGUAUUCAUAUCGGCCUUGGUAAACAACGACACCAAGUCCGAAAUCAGGUUGACCCUUUUGGGGACCAAUCAGAGCCCAAAGGCCAUUGAACUCCUCCCCGGUUUGAUCCUAGACUUUGAGAGCGCGUAGUUCUCCCAGUUUUCUGGAAUGGGAAACGCCCAUCCCGAACUUACACCUCCCACUAUAGCACACUUCUUAUACGACUUCAAUAGAGCUUUCUACACUUCCCUUACAAUAUUUACCACUUCACGUCAUCUCUUCUAGAUUUGUGCUUCAAUUUGAAUUGUUUAAAUAUCCG